AUGCCUCACUUCGAAGAGACCAAGUCCGUGGAGGACACCGUCCUCGAGCCCAUCGCCAUCGUGGGAAUGUCAUGUCGUCUUCCCGGCGGUGUCGACUCAUCAUCCUCACUAUGGGACCUCCUUGUCAACAAGAGCUCUGUCCAGACCCCUCGCGUCCCCGAGUCACGGUUCAACAUCGAUGCUUAUCUGCAUCCCAACCUGGAACGACCUGGAAGCUUCAACGUCGCUGGUGGAUACUUCUUGGACAAACCUGUAGAGAGUUUCGAUCCGACUUUCUUUAACAUGACUCCUAUCGAGGCGCGGUGGUUGGACCCUCAGCAGCGAAAGAUGCUCGAAGUCACCUAUGAGUGUCUGGAGUCGGCUGGUCUGACCAUGGACAAGGUGGCUGGGUCUAACACGGCUGUGUUCGUCGGCAGCUUUACCAGUGACUACCAGCAGAUGUCCACCCGCGAGCCUGACUUCCGCCAUAACUAUGCGGCCACAGGUGUUGACCCCGGGCUGAUCAGCAACCGUAUUGGAAACGUGUUCGACCUGAACGGUCCCAGCUUCACUAUCAACACGGCCUGUUCAUCCUCGAUCUAUGCCAUUCACAACGCGUGCCAUGCACUCCGUGGUCGGGACUGCUCUGCGGCGCUGGUUGGUGGUGUCAACCUGAUUCUUACUGUUGACCAGCACAUGAACACUGCGAAGCUGGGCAUUCUCUCGCCAACCUCGACCUGCCAUACCUUCGACGAGACGGCCGAUGGGUAUGGUCGUGCUGAGGGUGCGGGCGCCCUGUUUCUCAAGCGUUUGUCCGAUGCUAUUCGUGACGGCGAUCCCAUCCGCGGUGUCAUCCGCUCCUCGGCCGUCAACACUAACGGUAAGGUCCCCGGUAUGGGAAUCACGCAUCCCAGCAAGAAGGGCCAGGAGCGAGUGGUUCGAACCACGUACGAGAAGGCUCGCUUGGACCCGUCGAGAACUGCUUACCUAGAAUGUCACGGUACUGGUACUCCUGUAGGAGACCCCAUCGAGAGUCACGCCGUAUCCAUGGCCAUGAACGAUACUCGGAGCAAGGACCGACCGCUUCUGAUCGGUGCCAUCAAGGCUAACAUCGGGCACAGCGAGGCAGCCAGCGGUAUUUUCGCCGUCAUGAAAGCCGCCAUGAUGACCGAGGCUGCUGUCAUUCCCGGAGUGUGCGGGUUGAAGAACCUCAACCCGGCGAUUCAAGAGAAGGACUGGAACAUCCGAGUCAACCGAGACACCAUUGCCUGGCCGGAGGACUUCCCAGAGCGCCGUGCCAGUGUGUCAUCCUUCGGUUACGGAGGUACGAAUGGCCACGUUAUCGUCGAAAGCAUCGAGUCCCUUUACCCUCACUACCAGCACGGCAAGCCGAAGGACGAGGCUACUUACAACCACUCGGCCUCGCGACCCUUCCUUGUUGGUCUCUCCGCCCAUGACAAGGCCACGCUGUCGCGCAACAUCGUCGCCCAUGCCAAGGUAGCCGAUAAGUUCUACCUGGCCGAUCUGGCCUACACGCUGUUGCAGCGACGCACGAAAUUCCCCCACCGGGCAUACACCAUUGCAUCCGAACAAACCAUCGAGUCUGACUUUGCUCUGUCUUCAUUUCAGCUCGGCGUUGCACCCAAGAAUGCGCCGCAGCUGGGUUUCAUCUUCACGGGACAGGGUGCGCAAUGGGCUGGAAUGGGGGCUGAGGCAAUGAAGACAUUCCCUUCGUUCUUGGCUACCAUCCGCAGUCUCGAUCUGGUCUUGCAGCAGCUCCCGUCAGCUCCCGCUUGGACUCUUGAAGGCGCGCUGUUGGAGCCUAAAGAGACUUCUCGAGUAAAUGACGCCGAGAUCUCCCAGCCUGUCUGCACGGCAGUCCAGAUCGCCAUCAUUGACCUCUUGGCCGAGUGGAACAUCAAUCCCUCCGUCACCGUGGGCCACUCAUCCGGUGAAAUUGCCGCGGCCUACGCUGCAGGUCGUAUUUCCUCUGCUGAGGCUAUCGUCGCAGCAUACCUUCGUGGGUUUGCCGUAACGCACCAUGCGCCCAUCGGUGCCAUGCUGGCUGUUGGUCUGGGACGCGAAGCCGUCACUGACUACCUAAGACAGACUGAAGGGGACGUUGUCAUCGCCUGUGAGAACUCCCCCGUCAGCGUGACUCUGAGUGGCACCAUCAGCGGUGUUCAAGCGCUGGUCGCCCGCCUGCAGGCUGAGGGCAUCUUCGCGCGCGAACUGAAGACCGGAAAAGCCUAUCACUCGUGGCAGAUGGAUCCAGUGUCCAAGGUCUACGACGUCUUGCUGCAAGACGCCUACCACUCGCUGUCCCCCGAUCUCCUGGAGGAACGCCGCCCCCGGGCCAGCUGGGUUUCAUCGGUGACUGGAGAGGAGAUCGAGGAAGAUACCGUGCCGUUCACCUACUGGAGCCAAAACCUUCGUAGCCGCGUGCUCUUCGACUCUGCUGUUGCCACCCUUGGAAAGCUCGAUGCUUUGAAGGACGUGACGGUGAUGAUUGAAGUCGGUCCCCAUUCCGCUCUCAGCGGACCCUUCAAGCAGAUCUGCAAGGAGAACCAGUUCGAUCGUUUCACGUACGUGCCCUCGUUACUCCGUGGUCAGGACAGCGCUGUGCAGCUCUUGAAGACGGCCGGUGCUCUGUGGGCCCAGAAUUACGCCGUCGACAUUGACCGUGUCAACCGCGUCGAAGUUGCACAAGGGCUCAGCCUACUUAAGCCCCAGCGGCCUUUGGUGCUCACCGAUCUCCCUCCUUACCAGUGGAACUACGAUCAGACUUUCUGGGCCGAGCCCCGACCCAGCAACGAACUGCGCAGUCUGACCCAUCUUCGUCAUGAUUUGCUGGGACGGAAAGUGCCAGGACUUUCAGACCGUUCUUUGGUCUGGCGGAAUGUUUUGCGGGGACGCGAUGUGCCCUGGCUGGCGCAUCACAGACUUGGCGGGUCCGAUGUCUUCCCUGCGGCAGGACAUCUGUCCCUUGCCUACGAGGCCAUUCACCAAAUUUGGGACCAGGAAGGUUUGACGCUGUCGAGCGUCACUUUCCGCGACGUCGCGAUCAAGGUUGCCCUGGUGGUGCCCGAGACAGACGACGGCAUUGAGAUUCUGGUGCAACUCACAGCUUUGCAGCCUGGAAACGAGACCGGACAGUGGUACUCGUUCGCCGUACGCUCUUUCUCCAACGAUCAGUGGAACGUUCAUUGUGAGGGCAAGGUCGCUGCCAAUUAUAACCCCCAACCUUCGACCGCUGAGCACAGCCAGCACCCUGUUGACGUCUCUGAGCUGACCCGUCGUGUUCCCGGGCCUCGUUGGUACGAGGCAUUCCACCGUGUCGGUUUUGAAUAUGGCCCCAGUUUCCAGCCGUUGAAUGCCAUCCGUACGAACCCAAACCUCCACCAAGCCGCCGCGCAAGUAGACAUCAAGCAGGAGAGCGGACUGAUUGUCGGUGAAUCUCGAUAUCUACUGCACCCCUCGACCAUUGACGGGUGUUUGCAGCUCAUCAUCAUUUCCAUCAACCGCGGUCGUCACCAGGAAAUGCCACAUGGUGUUGUGCCCAUCAACAUUGAGGAGUUGACGAUCUGGUCCCCCGAGGGAGAGGGAGAAACAGUUGGAAGCGCUGUGGCUUGGACCGACGAGGUCAGCGGUCGUUAUUUCAACACGCACACCAAGCUGUCGACUCCCAGUGGUAAGCCCAUCUUAGACGUCAAGAGCCUCCGAUGCGUUGCCUACGAGGCGGCGGUACCUCCCCAGGUCGGCGAGCCGCGAGCCCGCGAGCCAUACAUGCAGACCGUGUGGAAGCCCGACUUGUCGACGCUGACCACAAGCGAGGAGCUUUCAUGGCUUUUGCCCUCUCCGCAGUCUGAAGCAGAGGCCACUGCCUUCUUCGUCGAACUGGCCGACCACAAGAAGCCGGUUAAGAGUGUCACAUUCGCUGGUCGCCCGAGUGCGGAAGUGAUUCACGCUGUGCAAUCUCAGGUUCCCUUUGCCGACUCCAUCACUGUCGUUGACUCCUCGGAGGAAUAUUUUGAGUCGAUCAAGAGCAAUCUGGGCCUGCCGAGUACGGCGUCGUGGCUGGCCACAACUGAGGUGCUGGCUCCAGCAGAGCUCCUCAUUCUUGGACCUGGCACUGACCUUGCUGCAUGGAAGUCCUUCGUGGCCGAAGACGGAAAAGCCCUUCUCGCCGUGGACAGCGCAAAGGCGUCUGAACUCAGAAGAGAGCUGUCACUUGCCGGUUUCACUAACCCCAUUCUCGUGCCGGUUGGUAACAGCACGGUCUUGUAUACUACCAACCCCAAGCCUUAUCAGAACGGCCACGCACCUUCCGAUGCGCCAGUGGCCAUAUUCCACCGUGGCGUCGAAACCGAUACGCAAGCGACCGUCCUCAAGAACUUGUUGGCUGAGGGUCGCGGUGCUUUUGAAGCUGAAAUUUUGUCUGAAGUCACCGCUCGCACAGAGGAGACUGCCAAAUUCAUCAUCUACGACGCCGACGGUCUACUCUUGUCGGCGCUGAAUGAAGAUAGUUUCAAUGCUCUCAAGACCAUCCUUACCUCUGGUAAACCCGUCCUCUGGCUGACUGCGGGUAUUGGAGAGGGUACCUCGCCUUCUGCCGCCAUGGCCCAGGGCUUCUUGCGUGCCGUUCGAUCAGAGCAAGCCACGGCCAAAAUUUGCCUGCUGGAUACCGACGUGGCCACCAGUGCGACUGUGCUCAAGAUUGCGGUUGAACAAGGUCUCGAGCACAUUGAGACCAAAGACUCGGGUGAAGACACCGAAUAUUGGCUGCACAAUAACACCUUCCACGUACCUCGCGUCGUUCCCAACGGCCCUCUCAACGACCGUUUCGCGGCCUCUCAGCAGCCCGUGCAAGAGCAACCGCUGCAGCCUCUCCGGGCGUUGGAUGGGUCCAUUGUCGAGGGCUCCUUGGUCUUCCACUCCAAGGGCCUGGUUGGUCCUAAAGCAAAUGAGGUGCAACUGCAGGUCGAGACCUCGGAAUUAGAGAAGAGUGACAUCCAAUCCACUGCUCCUGCCGGUCCUCGCAUCGUCACAGGCACCAUUGCCGCAGCGGGUCAGGAUCUAGACGCGGGUCUCGUGAACCAGAAGGCUGUGGCAUAUGCGACCAGUUCAUUGUCGACUCUUGCGACCGUUCCCAUUAAUCAAGCCGCCAUUUAUGCUGACUUUGACGGUGCCGAGCUAGCUGCAACGCUUCCCAGUUUGCUGCCAGCCGUCCUGGCCGUUCUGCAGACGGGACGCGUGCAAGCCCACGACCACGUCCUAUUGCUUCCCAGUCCUCUUCCAUUUGUCCAGAGCAUUGUCGGUCUGCAGAUUGCUUUCGGCUUCCAGUUGGACAUUCUCGCCGCCAGCGACAAGGAGAGAGAGCAGAUUCUGCACGAGAUUCCGUCGUCCGCGAAUGUGAACAUCCUCGUGUCUGGUGCUCAGCCAUUGCACCGCCUGCACCCGGAAAGUGGCUCGAAACCGACCGUGAUUAUUGCGAACGACUUCUCCACUCAGACCCAAGAGGCCUGGCGACUCAUUGCCCCACUGGGACGACUUAUGAUUGCCUCUGGCACUGUGGAAGAUACUCCGGACGUCCUUCCGUUCAGCCGCGGCGCGACUUUCUUGCCCGUCAGCGUCGACACGCUGUACAAGAAGGACCAGAAAAGACUGGGCGAUCUUCUGAAUCAGACCCUUGAUCUUCUCCGCCAGUACCCGGAUCUCGUGCAGAAGGCCAAGGUUGUCGAUGUGACCGCGCUGAGCGACAUUCCCAGCGUCCAGGAGAAAUUGGCCUCUCCUACAGCUACAGUUCUACAAUACAGGUAUGGAGAGGAAGUGGUUGUAAAGAUCCAACCCGAAGCGGAGAAGUUCCAGUUCUCAGCCGAUGCGACAUACCUCCUGGUGGGAUGUCUGGGUGGUCUGGGACGCAGCUUGACCAGCUGGAUGAUGGACCGUGGAGCUCGAGACUUUGUCUUCCUGUCUCGAUCUGGCACAGACAAGGCCGAGGCUGCCGCCCUUGUGGAAUCAAUCCAAGCCGCGGGCGCAGUCGCCGACGUGUUCCGUGCCGACGCAUCCAACGAACAGGACGUUGCUCGCGUCGUCGAGAGUGUCACAGCCCGCCGUCCCAUCCGCGGUGUCGUGCACGCAGCCAUGGUUCUCCAGGAUGGUAUCUUCGACGGCAUGAGCUUCCAGCAGUUCCAGGCCGCGAUCAUCCCGAAGAAGAACGGCGCUGAGACCUUGCACCGAGUGAUCCAGUCGGCUCAGCUGGAGCUGGACUUUUUCGUCAUGACCAGCUCCAUCUCCGCCACUCUGGGUAACCCGGGCCAGGCCAACUACAGCGCUGGUAACAGCUACCUGGACGGCAUUGCCUGGCAGCGCAACCGCCACCAUCUCCCGGCCACCUCGCUCAUCCUGCCCAUGAUCCUCGACGUGGGUGUGGUCGCGGAUAACGAGAACAUCGAGCUCGCCCUGACGCGUAAAGCGAUGUACGGUAUCGACGAGCAGGAGAUGCUUCGCGGCUUCGAGACCGCCAUGUCCGUUCCCGCGCCGUCCAGUACCAAGCCCGCCACGAUCGGAAACUCCCAAAUCAUCCUGGGUCUGGAACCCGCGUAUCUGGCCGCCGCCAUCGCCGCGUCCGACUCGAGCGACGAGGCCUACUGGCUUCCCGACGCGCGUCUGCGCGGUGUCCGCGCGGCCGUCGAGUCGGUGGCUGAGGAUUCUCUGGCCGGCAGUAAUGGCGGUGAUAGCGAUUUGGCCAGCACAUUGAAGGCGGCACGCGCGGAAGGGGUGGAUGCGGUGCUGCAGGCGAUCGGAACGGCGGUCAUGGACAAGCUGUCGCGGAUGCUGCUGGUGAGCCUUGAGCAGUUCGAGUUUGACGGCGGAUCGGUGGCCAGCUACGGCAUCGACAGUAUGAUCGGAGCGGAGUUGCGCAACUGGCUGUUCAAGCAGUUUGGGUUGGAUCUCUCGUUCCAGCUCUUGUUGGCAUCGACAAUGACCGUGAAGGCGCUGUCGACUGCCAUUGCAGAGAGCAUGGGAUUGCUGGAGUAGACGGGAUAUGAUGAUGGUUUCUUUUUUCUAGAAUGCAUGUUUGGGUUCUUCGUUGCUGGUGUUAGUAUUCGGAAAUAGAUUGAGAUGCAAUAUGACCUGGUUCAACUCUUGCAUGGAUGGCCGAUGGUUCCCUCUGUUGAUGGUUGGAUGGG